ACGUGUGCUCAUACCCAUAAGAUCGACAGCCUUGUUGUGGCACUCCAUGUCUUAACGUUAGAAGUAGCCUUAUGUUUCUCCAACAUUGACCAAAUUUUUUCUCCGCAUUUUCAAACGUCUCGAUCCGCAGACAUUCACUAACAUUUCUCGACCCAAUUCGACAUACAGAGGAGUCGCCGAUCUCUCCUGAAGUAACCCCGACGAACAACUCAAGGGGCGUAGGAAGUAUGUCCGCAAGCAAGAGAAACACAUACCUCGACCACGGUCUAUCAGACGAGUCAGACAAUGACGCAGGCUACGACUCCGAGGCGGCAGAAGUGUCCAAGGCAGAUAGAGCGAGAGCGAGCAAAAGACGGAAACUAAACCUCGACCACUCAGACGACGAAGCAGACGAAGUCAAAGCCGGCGUCCACCAAGAAAACAAAGCCCCAUCACCUCUCGAAUCACAGCCACCGCACGAGGAACCCGAAGAAGAAUCUACGAAGCGGUCACCAUCACCACCAACAUCUCUACCACCAAAGACGAAACAAAAGCCCAAAGAAAAGAUCCCAGGCGUAGUCUACCUCUCCUCUCUCCCACCGUACCUCAAACCCUCAGCACUCCGCAACCUCCUUGAACAACGGGGCUUCAGUCCCAUCUCCCGCCUCUUUCUAGCCCCAGCAUCAAAACACAAAUCUUCAUCCAAAAAGAACUCCCGCCAACUCUACACAGAAGGCUGGAUCGAGUUCGCAUCCAAGAAAACGGCGCGCAAUUGCGCCGAAAGUCUCAACACCCAACUCAUCGGUGGACGCAAGGGCGGGUUCUACCACGACGACGUCUGGAACAUGAAGUAUCUACGCGGCAUGGCGUGGGAGGAACUCAUGGCGGGUAUCCGCGAGGAGAAGCGUGAGGAGGAAGGACGGCGAGACGAGGAGCGCCGAAUCAUCGCGCGAGACACGAAGAUGUUUAUCGAGGGUGUGGAACAAGGGCGAGUGCAGGAGGGGAUGAGGAGGAAGCGGGAGGCUAAGCGCAAACACCCGAAAAUUGCCGACGACGCUGAUGGCGGGACUGCUAAUACAGAUGUCGACGUCAGAAGGACGUGGAGACAGAAUGAAGUCAAGGGUCAGACGAAAGAAGCUGGAAAGAAUAAGGAGAUGAUGAGUGAGGAUGUAAGACAAGUGUUGGGCAAGAUAUUCUAGAUGGUGGUCAGGAAUGCUAUUCGACACCUCCUACGACAAGAAUUUAUGAUUCGACUUUUUCGAAGAUAUCCAAUUUCACAGCCUCAUGCUGGGUUGAUUACAAGG